AUGAACAACACGCCGCCAGGAUUACGGUUGGUGUGUGGACUUGAUUUCAUUUGAGUUGAACUUUUCACUGGUCCGGACUCGAUCUGGUGGUCCGGACUUUGUUCUGGGACAACAGCGGGAGCGGCAAUGCUCUUCCAGAAGUAUUUGCAGUGCAGGGUGUGUGGUCUCAUUCUUGUUCUUCCCGUGUGUUUCAGUGUGGCUGACAGACUCCUCACAAGCUCCGCCGACAACUUUGAUGCGAAAUCAGUCAUAGACGUCGUGACGUAGAAACACGACUCGUACAUCUCGCUUGCUGCUUCUGGAGUCACUGAGUCGAAGCGGGACACAGAAGGCUCAGAUUGUCUUUGUCUGGGGCCCCUCUCUUCAUUGGGGGGCCACUUUCUGCUGACGCGCGGGUCCGGGGAUUAGGGGCAGAGCCGGGUCUUUGUUGGCCAGGGCCGUGCGCUGCUGGGGGAUCAGAGGUGAACAAAGAUGCAGAGACAGUAGCUUUGGGAGUCAGAGACCCCCGGGCGGCUGCGGGGGUCUCACAGCGAACAUGAGGGCCGCACUAGAACCAUGUCUCUAAACUACAUCAAAAACUUCUAUGAAGGCUGCCUCAGGCCUCCGACUGUGAUUGGACAGUUUCACACUUUGUUCUUCGGCUCGGUCCGAAUGUUCUUCCUGGGAGUCCUGGGCUUCGCCGUCUACGGGAAUGAGGCGCUGCACUUCAGCUGCGACCCGGACCGCCGGGAGCUCAACCUGUACUGCUACAACCAGUUCCGGCCCAUCACGCCACAGGUCUUCUGGGCCCUGCAGCUAGUCACAGUCCUGGUGCCUGGCGCCGUCUUUCACCUGUACGCUGCCUGUAAGAACAUCGAUCAGGAGGAGAUCCUGGAGCGGCCUGUCUACACCGUCUUCUACAUCAUCUCAGUCCUGCUGCGCAUUGUCCUGGAGGUCAUCGCCUUCUGGCUGCAGAGCCACCUGUUUGGCUUCCAGGUUCUGCCGCUCUACAUGUGUGACGCCAGCGCCCUUGAACACACCUUCAAUGUCACCAAGUGUAUGGUUCCUGAGCACUUUGAGAAGACCAUCUUCCUGAGCGCCAUGUACACCUUCACCGUCAUCACCAUCCUGCUCUGCGUGGCUGAGAUCUUUGAGAUCCUCUGCCGACGACUUGGUUACCUCAACAACCACUGAUGCCUUUGGAUCCCACCGGAGGGACGAGGGAUUUGCAAGCCCGGCCCUGUGCCGCCGCCGAUCUAGCGGAGAGCGCGGCGGAUUGUUCGGCAUCAGCGAGAAGGUUGACGCACCGCGGAGCUGUCACGUGACGUCCGCCGGGGCCACGGUGACGUGGCGGCGCUCCUGGUAUUGACCGCUUCCAGUUGAGAGACUGAAGAGCUGGAAUACUGGGGAAAGUGUGGGAAGACACAGCAUGUAGUCAGCAACCAAUUCAUCCUUCGUGUUCAGAAUGACAGGAAUCACACCCUCAACUGCGCAGCGACGGCGACGUGAAGACAAUCAUGGCUGGGAUCCCGUGAGAUGGCGAGGUCACGGUCAGCGUGCGAGGCCGAGUCAUCGUGUCAGACCAACUUUACCUCAUCUGUGAUGAAUGUCUUUAUCUCUUCCAUCCAAUAGACUCUUGUUUCAGUGAUCUGUUCAUCAUCUCAGGAACUUGACUUCCAGACCCAUGAGGACCAGGCCCCCAGAAGCUGCUGGAGCCCUGCCAUGACUGCUUCCUCUGCCUACAGUCUCCCCCGCGUUCUUGCACUGCGCCUGUGGAACCUGUCGAA